CAAUAAGGUUCCUCCUUUUAAAAGACAAAACAGCUGAAGCUAGGAAAACAUUGAUGACAAUUGCCAAGACAAAUAGACGUGAAUACCCGCCUGGCGAGACUCUUGAUGGUUUGGUGUUUACUAAAGAACAAAGAAAAGGAAACUUUUUUGAUUUAAUCAGAACCAGAAAGAUGUUGCACAUAACAGUUUCUGUAUUUUUUAUUUCGCUCACAGCAACUGUGGUAUACUUGGCAGUCACCAUUACUUCACCAUCUCUUGGUGGGAAUAUGUACCUCAAUGUAUUUAUCAUGGGUAUUAUUGAGAUCCCUGCUAAUUUCAUUUGUAUGGUGGUUAUUAAAAGGUUGGGCAGAAGGAAAGUGAUUGCAAUUAGUUUGAUUGUUGCUGCAACUGGUGCAGUUCUUGUAAUACUCCUUACAAGGUACGAUCCAGGAAGUUACCAAGGUUUUGCAAUAGGUAGGGUCUCAACAUCAGCACUAGCAAAGAUGGCAGUUUCAGUUGCAUACAUCACUGUGACCAUGUUUGCUUCGGAGUGCUACCCAUCAGUCAUAAGGGGUACAGGUUUUGCAGUCUCCAAUGCAGGAGUUGAUAUUGGUGGUAUUAUUACUCCUUUUAUCAUAAAAUUGGAUCACAUUAGUCCAUUGAUUCCAUAUGGUUUUAUUGCUGGGGCUGCACUACUUUCUGGGAUUUUAUGUUUAACUUUGAAAGAAACUGGUGACAAACCAACCAGGGAAACACUAAAUGACAAAGACUGGACAGAAUCAUGUCUGGCUGAUACAACUGAAGGGGAAUUCUCUGAUGAGAUUAGAGAAACAGAUGUAUAGGAAAUUAUUUAAAUUAAUAUAAAUGUACAGGGUAUAAUUAACUUAUAUUAGCAGUUUUUUAAAGUUUAAAUCAAAAAUUAUUAGUACAUAAUAUUUAAUAGGGCAAGGAACAGCAGAUUUAGUAAUUUUUUUUAGUUUACCUUAAAAAUUAAACUAGUCGCUUACUCUGUCCAUAAAAUUAAAUCGCAUUACAUAAUAUAAGUUCUUAUUAAAUUUAUGACUAUUUGUUCAUUCUUAGAUAAUUAUUGUUUACAUCUCAUAUUUUGGUACGAAGACUGUUCAAGUUCAGGGAUAGUGACCAAAUAUAAUGUUAGGAAGUAACUAUUUAGAUAAUUAUUAUUUCAUGGACAUUGUGAAAUCACAAUUUUUAA